GGUAGACCAACACAGAGUGUAAAUAUCUGUUUUUCUAAAAAAAAAAAAAAAAAAUAGUGUUGAAAUCAGAGUAAAAAUUUCCGUCCCUCCACACGUUCGUAUUUCUUACAGAGAAGGCUCUCUUCUGUCUCUCUCAUACAAAAAAAUGAGAAACAGAAACGCAUUGGUUCCAUUUUUUUUAUGAUCGCCACACCUUGCUUUCCCGUUCCUAAAAUAAUUUAAGGAAUAUAGGUUUUAUUUGAUGAGUUGCCUUUAUGUAAUCCAUUCAUAAUUGCAAUAUGACGAAUGUGAACAACAAUGCAGCAGCGGCAGCGGCAGAGUCCUCGCAGGCGGAAGCUGGUGGCGGCAAAAAUGAGCCGCCUCCGCCACCUGCACCGCCAAGCCCUGCUCUUCAUGCUGGGAGUAAGGUUUACAAAAGUGGCCCACUAUUUUUGUCAUCAAAAGGAAUUGGUUGGACAUCGUGGAAGAAAAGGUGGUUCAUUUUAACUCAGACUUCCUUAGUCUUCUAUAGAAGUGAUCCAAACGCAGUUCCUCAAAAAUCGAGUGAAGUUAACUUAACCCUUGGAGGCAUUGAUCUCAACAGUUCAGGCAGUGUGGUAGUAAAAGAAGACAAGAAGUUGCUCACUGUGCUCUUCCCUGAUGGUCGAGAUGGACGAGCCUUCACACUCAAGGCAGAAACACUGGAGGAUUUGCAUGAGUGGAAGGCAGCACUUGAAGAAGCCCUUUCAAAUGCCCCUAAUGCUGCUCUUGUUACGGGACAGAAUGGCAUGUUCAAGAAUGAUCAGUCAAAUGCCGCCGAUACUUCUUCCGAUCAAGCGAAAGACAGACAAGCAGCUAAAUCCUUAGUACUUGGGCGACCAAUUUUACUUGCCCUGGAAGAUAUAGAUGGCACUCCAUCCUUCUUGGAGAAGGCUCUUAGGUUUAUUGAGGAGCAUGGAGUCAAAACUGAAGGCAUCUUGAGGCAAGCCGCUGAUGUUGAAGAUGUUGAACGCCGCAUACAAGAAUAUGAAAAAGGGAAAAAUGAGUUUUCGCUGGACGAAGAUGCACAUGUCAUAGCUGACUGUGUAAAGUAUGUUAUUCGGGAGUUACCUUCAUCUCCGGUCCCUGCUUCUUGUUGCAAGGCUCUACUUGAAUCUUGUCGAACUGACCGUAGUGUAAGAGUAGCUGCUAUGCGUUCAGCAAUAUGUGAAACAUUUCCAGAGCCAAAUCGCCGCUUAUUACAAAGGAUUCUAAUGAUGAUGCAAACGAUCGCUUCUCACAAGACAGUAAACCGAAUGAGCAUUUCAGCUGUAGCAGCUUGCAUGGCUCCCUUACUUCUUCGCCCUCUUCUUGCUGGUGAAUGUGAACUUGACCAUAAUAUGGAUCUAGGAGCUGAUGGCUCUUUUCAACUUUUGCAAGCAGCUGCUGCAGCUAACCAUGCUCAAGCCAUUGUUAUUACUUUACUGGAAGAGUAUGAAAAUAUAUUUGGGGAUGUAGCUGUAUCACAUGAACCCUACACUGAUUCAGAAGAAAGUGGAACUGAAAGCGAGGAAAUUACAGAUGAUGAUGAUGAGAGUUUUGAGGAGGAUGACAUGACUGAAGGCACUGAAUCUGAAAUGGACGAAGAUUUUGAGCAUGAAUCAGGAGCUAGUAGUGAGAAUGGUGAACACAAAUACAGUGAAAAGGUCUCAAGAAAUGAUAGUUCAGGCUCCAAAUCUCCUCACAUAGAUGAUGUUCUUGAAGCUAACCAACGUCCACCUCAGACCUCAUUGCCUCGACAUGAUAGCACAGAAGGAACCGAUGAUGUUCAUGAUGUGGAUGAUGCAAAUAUGCAUUCAGGUUACUCUGAAUUAGUAGGUGCUGAUCAUAUGCGGAAACCUAACUGGGGACGUGCUGCUGGAAAGAAGAACCUUUCUAUGGAGUCGAUUGACCUUCCUUUGGAAGAUGAGGCUGCAAUACAAAAGCUCGAAUUUCUUCAAACAGAUCUACAGUCCAAAAUUUUGAAUGAGGCUGCAACUAAUUCUCUUCUGCAAGAUGGCCUGGAUGCACGGAAGUAUGAAUUACAUGAACGGCGUUUAUCUCUUGAGAAAGAGGUGGCAGGGUUGCUACAGCAGUUACAGAAGGAGAUCGAGUUGAAGAAGGCACUUGAAGCUGCACUCAGAAUAUCCCAACUGCCUCUAUCUGUCUCAUCUCUUAUCGAUGAUCAGGUGAAGGCAGAGCUAGAGGUAGUCACUCAAGCAGAGGCGAACGUUACAAAUUUAAAAGAGAAGGCUGAUGAUCUUGAAUUUCAGCUUAGACAACAGCGCGAGCAAAAUUACAGGCUUGGGCAGGAUAUAAGCAAUCAGCUCCAUCAGAAUGCAAACCAACUGAAGUCGUUCAAGAAAGAGAAACAGAUGGAUGGUGGACAUUCUUCUAGUACUUCUGACAAUUUGUCCAGAAGUAAGCAGUCGGACAAGCAAGGCAAUGACAGAAAUAAGAAACGAGAAUCGUCUUCUUCACUGAACAUACCAUUGCCUCAGAACCAGCAAGCAGAUACUGUGCAAAAUCCAAAAUCUAACUCAGAGACGGGCACUACUCGGUCUAGCUCUAGAAAGUCUAGCAAGGGUGAGGGUUCUAAUUCUACCAAUGCUCUGUCAAAGCUGUCAAACAGACUUAAUUUCUUAAAGGAACGACGCUCACAAAUUGCAACCGAGCUCCAAAACUUGGAUAAAGGUCGGAAUGCUGCCCAGCACCUUGAACAAGGCGGAGAAUCUGAACAACGUCGCCACAGUCAUCAGGAGUCAAGAGGAAAGUCAUCAGAUAGAAGCCAACAUGGUGAUAAAGCAAGAAAACGAGAGAAGGGUCUCCCAAUCUGGAACGAGGGAAAUCUGAAAGCUUCCCUACCGGAGAGAAAGUUUCUUCUAAAUUUCCUCCGAGGACAUUUUCUAGGUGAUUCAUUCAAAAUAAUAUCUCUAGAUUUUCACUGCAUUAUGCAAACUAGUCUUAAUGGAAGAAGGACAAAGUCCAUACAUUCAAAUUGAUACCAAUUGAAUAGAACUGCUGAUACACAGGAGCAGACAAUAUUCUUCUGUAUUUUAUUAUUAUUUUUAGGGAGAUUUAUUUACUUUGGUAAUUAUAGGAAAUAAACUUUGGUUUUGAUGUACAAUACUAUUAUGAAAGAUCACCAGGCUUCAAAAUA